AUGGCGGUGCUAAAAAUAGUUAGCGAUGAGGCUAAUGUUGGCUAUACUUGGAAGGCUCGCACCGUUACGCUGGGAACCGGCCGGUGGCGCCAGCGCAGUCGCCGGCCUGGGUCGUCGACCAAACAAACCAAAUCAGAAAGAGAUGUAACAUUUAAAGCAAAAAAAGAACUAUCCUUAAGUUCUUUGAUUUUGUGGAAUAUAGAAAAGGUUUUUGAAAAAAACACUUCCAUCGAUUUAAAGGAGGCGAUAAAAAAUGCAUACGAGAGUUUGGAUCGAGACUGUGACAUUAAGGUCAUGUUGUCUCAACGGCCGGAGGAGCAGCAUCUCGCCUGUGCUGUGUUGGCAUGGCAACGGCUUGGACAUAGUCGCGUCGAAAGCCUAUAUCAGUUUGUGCACGAGAAUCGAAGGAAAGCUGAACUCAGUAAGGAGAAAAGAAAGUUAAAGUCUAAAGAUAACCAUUGUUAUGAAGGGAUGUCUGGAAGUAGUAAAGGCGUUGAUUCCGCAAGUUUUGGCACUUCUCCUCUAAUUGGUCCUGUAGUGAGGCUACCAGUGGAAACGAAAAUAGUGAUGCGCGCGGAAAAUCCUUGUGCACGUCAUCAACCUAAAAAGCAACAAAAAAAUCAAAAGGAUAUAAUGAACAAAAUUGAUGCUGCAUGUUGCAUGGACUCCGCGUGUAUACAACGGCUGACAGAGCUGGGCGCGGCCACGGAGGAGUUACGGAAGCGAGCGGGCAGACUGGCCCGGCGGGAGGCGGAGAGAGUGGAACUGCUCGAACGGGCGGAGGCCGCGUGGAAGGAUCUAGAAGCCGGCUACCAGCGGCGACUGAAGCUCGCUGAGGAGAAGGAAGAAGAUAUAAAUAAACAAAUCAACAAGCUAAUCGAAGACCGCAACACAUACAAGAACGCGACAACAGCGCUAGCUCAGAAACUUAAGGACAAAGGGAAUGCAGCUGAGAAGGAACGGAGUCAUCUCACUCAAUUGGAGAAGGAAGUGUGUAACAGGGCUUGUGAGAGACUGCGCUUGAGUGAGCAAGCGGCGCAGGGGGACGCGGCUGUCGCGGAGCAGCAGUGUAGAGGAGUGCAGUUGGAUCGGGAGCUGAUGUAUAAAGAAGAACAGGCUCGCCGGAAAGUUUUAUCUUUGGAGAGCGAAGUGGAUUCUACUCGUGGUCUCACGAUUGAGGCAGAACGCGCGAUGCGAUCUGAACUGUCUGCCUUGAAGGAACAAAUUACUGAUGUCUCUAAACAGCUAUUGCUUGAAGAAGCAGACAAUAACCGUAUUAAGGCUGAACUAGAUGAUUUGAGGCAAGAAAAAGGGGAAAUUAUUCAAGACCUAGACGGUUGUAAGGACAUGUGUGAUAAUCGCAUGCAAGGUAGAGUGGAUGAGUUGAAGAAAAAGAGGGAUCAAUUGAUGGAGCUAAAGAAUAGAGUCAUCGAGUGUCAAUGCAAGUUGCCCCUUGAUGUAGCCGUGGAGGUGAAACGAACUCCGUCUCUCGCCGCCCUGUGUCACUGCGUGCCUGAAGAUAAGAUAUUGGAUUCGUGCUCUUGUACGUCGCUUCGCAGCCAACUUCUAUCGAAUUUGCUAUCAGACCUAUUUAGCGGUCUGCAAUCGGAAUUGAACGGGACCGGAACAUCCAUGCCUUGUCAGUUGCUCAAGUGCUUAGAGGACAGGCAUAAUUGGGAUCGGGCGUCUAUCGUCAAGGCUAAUUUGCGGAAUUUCUUUUCACAAUUACUCAUCGGCGAAUUAGAUAUCGCUAUCGCUACCUCGAUUGAGAAGUAUCAUGCGAAGUGGAUUGGAGCUAGUUGCGCAGACCAAGCGCGCCUUAGCCCCGAUCCAGGCGAAGACGACAAUGAAGGUUGGCAACAACGCGCCAUAGAGCGACGAGCACAGACACUGGCCACAGAACUCGCGGAACAACUGUUCCAGGAGAGAGCCGAUAGAAUAACUCAAAAGGCUAAGGAUAUUAUGGCCUCUGGACCACCGCCGUGCGAAUGCAAACCGCAGCAUAAUGCUGCUGUGUAUCCUUGUCUUGUAAAAACACCGAUUCCACCAAGUUCUUCGCGCAAAAAUACUGAUGGCUCGUCAAAUUAUUUGAAGCGAACUAUACAAGAUGUUAAUAAUCUCAAAUAUCAAAUAGAGGACCUCAAAAAAGAUUCAAUUAAAAAGGCAGAUUUGAGACAAAUGGAAGAAAAAAUUACUAAAAUAAUUCAACGUGCUUCGAAACAAGACACCAAACAACUAUCUAUAAAUAGUGCAAAUUCACCUAUGAAAAAAGACGAAGAUAACAAAAAUAAGUCAUUGAAUAAAUUUAAUACAUUGAAGAAGAACACUUCUGUCGAAAGGUUAAUGAAGAAAAAACUGCUAGACGUUAACACAUCAAGGAAAACCAAUAAGAUAUUGAUAUACAAUCAAAGUGGUCGUAUAGAAAAAUCUGUGAAUAAGUUUUCAAAUAAAAAGAAAGAACAGUCUUUGGCCGUUAAUUUAUGUUUAUGUACGGAACAAAAGGACAAGACCCCAAAAGUAGGUCACUUCUCGGCGUCAAAAUGGAAACCGAAAUUAUUGAGUGACAUAACUACCCAAGUAACUUCUAGCAUAAAAUUGACAAAACCAAUAACACAAAUCUCUCUCUCCCGCAAAUCAAAUGGUAUAAUUGAUAUCAAGAAGAAAGGACGAAAUAAACCAUGCCCAAGUGAAUGUAUUUGCUUGCAUAAAAUUCCAUCAAACACUUCCGUAGAUAGAUUAUUAGAAGUUUUGAAAAAAUGGAAGUUCAAUAUUGACGAUAGCCCACUGUUAAAGGAAAUAGAAAGCAACUCACCUAAAGUAACAAAUCCAAAUAGUACUACUAAUUGUAAUCCUGAGCAAAUCAAUAAUUUUACAAAAUCAAUACACGAAAAAUUCGCCUUUCAUUUAUCUGAAAUUCAAAAUAAUGAUGAAACCUGUAAAUCUUCGGUGUCUAAUGCUAUAAAUACUAAGAAGUCAAAUGAAUGUUUACCAGUAGCAAAUUCCGAAUAUAUGGCUGCAGUUAAUCUUGAUAAAAGCAAUAACAAUUGUAUUUGCACACAAAAUAAAGUGCAACCAAAUUUAGGCGAUGGAAAUGCGUCAUUACGUAAUUUUAAAUGCAUUAAUACAAGUUCGUGUCGAUGUGUAGAGAGCUUAGAUCAAAGUAUCGUACAAGAUCAGAAUUUUAGCCAAACACCUUAUGAAAAGGAAUCACAGCUAUAUUCGGUAAAGCUUCCUAGUUCAGAUUAUGCUAAAAGUAGCAUGCGUAAUGAGGAAACUAAUGUCGGACAAAAAGAUUCAUUUAUAAGUAAAUUGGUGAAGGAUUCGAAGUUAUUUUCAUUUGAUUGUGAUUAUGAUAUAAAAUUCUUGGGUGCUACUUUAUAUGACGUUCAAAAGAAAAUGGAGCCAACCUAUACAGGAAAUUUCCAUAAAAACAGCAUACCAUGCAUUAAACCGAAAAAUUUGGAUGAUAAUUCGAAUGUAGUUCAAAAAAAUGUAUCUCGUGAUGCUGAUCAUAACAACAUAGAGCCUAAAGAUAAUUUAAAUAAUACUGCCAAAAUUGAAAUUGACUUAAAAAGUAGCUGCAGUAUAACAAAAAUAUCAAAAACCGUAAAAGAAUCUUGCAUUUGUUGUAAAAAUAAAGAUGAAAUAAAAGAGUUGGAAUUUAAUACCUUUAAUUUACUGGAAGAAUAUUUAAGAGGAAAGUUAAAUGAAUUUAAAAGUAGUAACUGCAAGUCUUCGUGUAUAAAACCGGAAGACGAAGAGAAAUUAUAUUCAACGAUUUUAGCGAAAGUUAAAGAUUUUAUAACAAGAAGUACCGCUCAAUUGUCUUGUAAAUGUUCAGAAGAAAGUAAAACAGGUGGUAGUUGGUCAAGGGUCUAUGGUCUUUUACAAGAAUAUUUAAAGAUAAAGAUUUCCCGCGUUCAAUGUUCAUGCUUUCAAACCGAGCAAACAACAAAUCAAGAAAUGAUUUUACCAAAUGUUUUAGACAAAGUAAGCACCCUUAUUGAAAAUGAUUUUGAGCGAUUGAGAAAAUUAUGUAUAUGUGAAAUGAAAUCGUCGUCACCAACAUAUGACAAUCCCACUGAUGUUAAGAUUGAUAAAGCAGUUGUUCAUUUUGAAACGCAAGAAAACGUUCAGGACAAACUGAAUUGCCUUAAAGAAGAUACAUCCAUAUCAGCCAAUCCUAUUAUGAUAAACAAGUCAUGUAGUGCAUUAGAGAAUAUUCCAGCUUAUGUGCAAAUGGUAGAAAAAGUUACUUCUUGCAAACUAAAUACUCUUUAUGUGACCGAUUGUGACUGUCGGUAUACAUUCACUGAACCAAACGUAUUUGGCGAUAGUCUAAGUGUAAAUCACAAAUCUCAAACGUACAAUGAUACCAAUAGUUCGUGUAAUAAUGGUAAUCAGUCUGCAAAAACAUCAAUUACUUCCGAAGAAACUGUAAAUGACCAUGAUCGAAAAUUGCCUUAUAUUGGAUAUACUUUAAAUUGUUCCUGUGAUCAUUUUGGGUGUGUAUGUACGAAAUCUCAACUAGAAACAAAUGAUGAUAAAAUAAAUUUUAUUUGGAAUUCGCUUCAAAAUAACUUUCAACCCAAAAAGUUAUCUUACAUAAUGCGUGGAAUACCGAAAACGAGAUCUGAAGUCAUAAACAUUUCUGAAAACUAUUUGAAAUUAAAUUAUGCUGAAACGUGUAUGGAGCCCAGAAAUAAUGACAAUAAAAUUCAGGAAAGCAAUACUUCAACUAUAAUAAAUGCUUUAGAUGGUUGCCUAACUCAAACCAGUAUUCACGAGGAAGAUGGUUUGGCUUUGAAGAAUUCAGUUAAUAAUAUCGAAACAACUAAUAUGGAUACAAAUACAAUCAAUAAAUCGGGGUUUCAAAACCAUGAUGGUACAGAACCGUCUGGCCAUUCGAGCUUCGUGACAAUUCCUAAUACUUGUGACGAAGAUGAUAUAGAAACAAAUAAAAAUACACUUUACAAUUCUUUAUUCCUCCCCGUGGAUAGCAGUCCACCCCGUAAUAUUUUAGAAAGUAGUGAUAUAACCAUAUCUGGGUCUGUGUCGCAAUGCGACUGCAACAUGGUUCCUAUUUGUCAUGUGAAAAUGCUUGUUGAAAAUAUUGAAAGUAAUUUGAGAAACGGUAAAUGCAUAUGCGAUUCACUGAGUUCACAAGUCUGUCCGAUACAUUCAAAGAAAAGUGUAAGUCAAGUAAAAUUUUCAAUUUUAUACAAAAAAUUCUUCAAAAUGAACGGCAAUACUAAAUUGGAAGCGGAGCCAAGAAAACGAAGUAAACCCAACAUACUAUCAAGACUUUUCAUUUGUUGGGUCUGCCCUAUAUUUUAUAAAGGAAACCAAAGAGAUAUUGAAGAAAGUGAUCUUAUUAAUCCAAAUAAACAUUAUGAUUCCAAUCGACUUGGUGACGAAUUAGAAAGGUGUUGGUUGGAGGAAUUUGCAAAUGCUAAGAAAGCUGGUCGUGAGCCAUCGGUAUGGCGGCUUUUGAUAAAGAAUUUUUGGCUAGGCUACUUACCAGGAGCCUUUUUGUUGAUCAUAACUACAAUAACAAGGACGAUACAACCACUGAUUUUUACGCCAUUGUUGACUUAUUGGUCAGUAAAUGAAACAAUCACGCAAGCAGAGGCGGGAUACUACGCUCUAGCGUUGUUAGCCUGCAACUACAUUGGAAUCAUCGCUCAACACCAUAACAGUUUAUUUGUUAGCCGUUUCAGUUUAAAAUUGAAAAUCGCCUUCUCCACUGUCAUUUACAGAAAGAUUUUACGAAUGAGUCAACUCUCCUUAGGUCAUGUGGCAGCUGGGAAAUUAGUCAAUAUCUUAUCAAACGAUUUGGUGCGAUUUGAUCAAGCUUUUAUGUUUUUACAUUAUUUAUGGUUGGUGCCUAUACAAGUCGCCAUAGUAAUGUAUUUCCUAUAUAAUCUUGGAGGUUAUGCACCGUUCGUGGGCCUUAUUGGCGUCGUUUUAUUGAUUUUACCUGUACAAGCUAUUCUCACGAGAUUAACUGCAAGUAUAAGGCGGAAUGUAGCGCAAAGAACGGACAAAAGGAUUAAAUUGAUGAGUGAAAUUAUAAACGGCAUUCAGGUUAUCAAGAUGUAUGCAUGGGAGAAAUCCUUCCAAAAGCUAGUGACAAUAGCCAGAGAUUUCGAAGUGACUGCAUUGAGGAAGUCUCUGUUCGUCCGCAGCGUGUUCUUGGGCUUUAUGAUGUUUGCUGAACGGAUGACGAUCUUUAUUACAUCCCUCACCAUUGUGUUGACCGGAAAUAUACUGACUGCCACUAUGCUGUACCCUAUAAAGCUAUACUUAGGUUUAAUUCAAUCGAACUUGACGUUCAUUUUGCCACUAGCCAUUGCUAGCUUGUCUGAAUUGGGGGUAUCUUUAAACCGUAUAAAAGAAGUCCUAGUUAUGGAUGAACGAGAGGACUUAUCAAUUUUGCCAAAACAGAAAAAUGAAUCACGACUAUCUAUUCUAUCAGCUAAAGCUCAGGCUGAAGGAUACAUAGUGGAAUUAGACAAUGUUAGUGCCACUUGGGCUGAGGCGGAAGAUAACAGUUCACCAUUUAGCUUGAAGAAUAUUUCGUUACGACUGCGCAAAAACAAGCUUUGUGCAGUUAUUGGAUCCGUUGGCUCUGGAAAGUCUUCCUUACUACAAGUAUUACUACGGGAAUUGCCUGCAGUAAGUGGAAAAAUGAAAAUAAGUGGAAGCGUGUCCUAUGCGUGCCAAGAGCCAUGGCUUUACCCCGAUACAGUUAGGGAAAAUAUUAUUUUUGGAUUGCCCUACGAUAAACGAAAAUAUAACGAGGUUUGCAGAGUCUGCUGUUUGCUACCAGAUUUUAAACAAUUUCCAUAUGCAGAUUUAUCUUUAGUGGGAGAACGCGGGGUUCAAUUAUCCGGAGGGCAAAGAGCCAGAAUCAAUUUGGCAAGAGCUAUUUAUAGAGAGGCAGACAUAUACUUAUUGGAUGAUCCUUUAUCAGCUGUAGAUGCUAAUGUUGGUCGACAACUGUUCGACGAAUGUAUUCUUGGUUACCUUCGUGGACGAACAUGUAUCUUAGUAACACAUCAAAUACACUUCGUCAGAGCCGCUGACACAAUUGUUGUUUUAAACGAUGGUGCUAUUGAGAAUCAAGGGUCAUUCAAUGAUUUGAUAAAAUCUGAAAAAGAACUUUCUUCGUUAUUAACGUCGCUUGAAAAAAAUCCGGAUGAAGAAAAGGUGGAAACGGCUAUCGAGGAGCCCAGAAUUAUUCGUGGCAUGUCAAGAGUAUCAGUGCGUAGUGAGGAGGCAUCUAAAAUAAUGAAGGAACAAAUUUUGGAGGCAGAAGAACGAGCUAAGGGCAAUUUGAAGUUUGAAGUGAUAGUUAAAUAUCUGAAAAGUAUACAGUCGUGCUUCUGGAUAGCAAUGACACUCUUUACUCUUUUAUUAGCACAAGCAGCGGCGACAUUUUACGACUAUGCUUUGAGUUUCUGGACAAAUGAAGUUGAUAAAUAUGAGCAGAGCUUACUGCCAAACGAGGAACCAGACCCUGGACUAGACGUUGUGAUGGGACCUCUAACAACAGGACAAUAUCUAAUAAUUACUGGAGUCAUUGUUAUAUUCACCGUGUUAAUGACACAAACUAGAAUCGUUGCUUUCGUCGUAGCGGUCGCUCGAGCUUCCAGAAAUCUUCAUAAUAACAUGUUUCAAAAUCUCAUUAAGGCUGUGAUGAGAUUUUUUGAUACAAACCCAUCAGGGCGAGUUUUGAACAGGUUCUCAAAGGACAUGGGAGCAAUGGAUGAAAAUUUACCUCGGAGUUUUCUGGAAACUAUACAAAUGUACAUGAUGGCGAUCAGUGUACUCGUAUUAAAUGCUACAGCACUGCCUUGGACCCUUUUACCGACUGUUAUCUUACUCCUUAUAUUUUUUGUAAUAUUUAGGUGGUAUUUAAAUGCAGCUCAAGCAGUUAAACGAUUGGAAAGUACAACGAAAAGUCCCGUAUUUGGAAUGCUCAGUUCUACAAUUAGUGGUUUAUCAACGAUUAGAAGUUCUAAUUCGCAAGAUAGAUUGCAAAAAAUGUUCGAUGAUGCCCAGGAUCUCAAUACAAGCGCGUUUUUCUCAUUCAUCGGUGGAUCCUCCGCGUUUGGCAUGUACCUGGACACAAUAGGUCUUGUGUAUUUGGGCGUUAUAAUAGCAGCCUUUCUCUUCAUAGAUUUUGGUGAUGCUAUUCCUGUUGGUAGUGUUGGUCUUGCUGUCAGUCAAUCGAUGUCAAUGACCUUUAUUUUGCAAAUGGCUGCCAGAAUUACAGCAGAUCUUUUAGCUCAAAUGACCUCUGUAGAGCGUGUACUCGAAUACACUAACCUACCACCCGAAGAUAAUAUGGAAGAUGGACCAAUUCGGCCUGCAGUUGAUUGGCCAACGAAAGGAAAUGUAGAAUUUGAAAACGUUUACUUACAAUAUGGUUUGGAAGACCCACCAGUGUUGAAAGAUCUCAGUUUCACAAUACAGGGUGGUUGGAAAGUCGGUAUAGUGGGCAGAACUGGAGCUGGUAAAUCGUCGCUUAUAUAUGCUUUGUUCAGACUCACAACCAUUGAAGGGAAAAUCAAAAUUGAUGGCUUAGAUACUAACGGCAUUGCGAAAAAUGUAUUACGUUCUAAAAUUUCAAUUAUUCCACAAGUUCCCGUAUUGUUCUCGGCAACUUUAAGGUACAAUUUGGAUCCGUUUGAUUCAUACAGUGAUGAAGACAUCUGGAGAGCGCUGGAACAAGUGGAAUUAAAAGACUCUAUACCAGCUUUGGAUUACAAAGUAACAGAGGGUGGAUCUAAUUUCUCGGUCGGUCAACGACAGCUGCUCUGCUUGGCGAGAGCCAUCUUGCGAUCCAAUAAGAUCCUUGUUAUGGAUGAAGCGACGGCUAAUGUCGAUCCACAAACGGAUGACCUGAUCCAGAAAACAAUUAGAGGAAUCUUUUCCUCGUGCACUGUGCUAACAAUUGCUCAUCGUCUGAACACUAUCAUGGAUUCAGACCGAGUAGUGGUCAUGGACAAGGGGCAGGUCGCGGAGUUUGACCAUCCGUACAUACUGCUCUCUAAUCCGAACAGUCUGUUCAGCUUUAUGGUCAACGAGACUGGAGAAAACAUGAGCAGAGUCCUAUUCGAAGUUGCCAAAGCUAAAUACUUUAAUAGAGAUGUUGAUGUCAUACCUCGCUCUGGUGAAGCUAAGAAAGACAUGUAGUCAUCGGAGUGGUGUAUCUGUUCACCAAACGUGUAUUUGUUGUAAGCCGAUGUCGAUGAAUGGAUGAUAUGAAAAAAUGUACUUAUUUUAUACUUAACUCUUACUUUUGUAGUAAAAUUUUUAUACUUAGGAAAAUAAAUAUAAAUAAUCUAAA